UUCCCAUCUACAAGAAAUUUAUGCUACCUGAUAUAGCUAACUGGAGGAUUUUUAUCGCUUUAAUUAAAAUUUUAUUUCGCUAAAAACAUUACCUCGCUAUACAAUUGCUCCGCAUCCAUCUGUCCUUCGCAAUAGUUUUCACCGGAACAUAAACACAAAAGUGCAACCAACCCAGAAAUAUCAGCCACCGUAAAUCCCAUACUUUGCCUUUUCUACCGGAAGUGUUUCUUAGUGAGAGAGUGUGAUUGUGCUCCAACCAGCAACAGCAUCAUCAAUGACCCAGUUGAACCCUAUCCCGGUAGCAACAUCAGCCCACGAAGCGAGCAACAAUUGAAACAAACAGCGUACGCUAAGCGGUGGCACCGAACACCGUCGGGAAAUAUCAUGGAAAAUGUGUACACGGCAGAGCUCGCUGACGAAAGCUACGAUACAAGUGCCGCGAUUGAAUCAGACGUACCGCCACCGAGCAUCUGCAAGUCCGUCGGGAUCAGGAUGCCCAACAGAUCCAACAGCACCCACAGCAUCCGGAUACUAUCCCCAUCGCCGGUGGCAUCACCCACACCAAUUGCGCGCAUACGGCGACUCCCACCGGCGCCACCCUCACCUACCGCCCUGUCCCUGACGGAGAUGGCAGUUUCCACAAUCAGCAUCCCGACAAUGGAACCAUCCGAACAGCAGCGCCAUCACAACGACAAUCAGCUCCAUCAUCAGCUGCAUGAAGAGCUGCCGCCGGCCUCGCAAAAGCAACAAGGAAACAGUUCAAAUAGUACCGCCGUUGCCGCCUCCAUUGCCACCACCAGGAAGGCAAAGGUGGAUUUUGUGCGCUUCGACUCGACCGAGAUACAUUAUACGGAUCACGAUGAGGUGCGGACGAAAAUCUCCGACGAAAUCAAAAGUGCGUGCAAACUAUCGGACAAAAAUAGGGCCGACCGGCUUGCGCGUCCACGAAUGUCACUGCUGGGGAAGCCGCUCAACUAUAACCGCGGCUCACGACGUGAUGCCCGUUAUAGGCGGCUACAGAGCAGGGUCUACAACUUUCUGGAACGGCCGCGGGGCUUCAGAGCGAUUUUCUACCAUGUACUUGUAUUCUUCAUGGUGUUCACAUGUUUGGCCUUAAGUGUCUUCUCAACUAUUCAGGAAUACGAGGAACAAGCAAUCGCCAUCUUAUUCGUCAUGGAAAUUAUCGUAGUUAUAUGGUUUUCGAUCGAGUUCUUCCUACGACUGUGGUCAUCAGGAUGCCGGUCGCGAUAUCAAGGAGCCGUAGGGAGGCUAAAAUUUUUAAAACGGCCUUUUUGUAUCAUAGAUAUAGUUACGAUAAUAGCAUCGAUAGUGGUACUUGUGAUGGGAACAUCCGGCCAGGUCUUUGCUACGAGUGCAUUGCGUGGCCUACGGUUCUUCCAGAUCCUGCGGAUGGUGCGGAUGGACCGACGUGGUGGCACGUGGAAGCUGUUAGGGAGCGUCGUAUAUGCUCAUAGACAAGAACUAAUAACAACAUUGUACAUAGGAUUCCUGGGCCUUAUUUUUGCCUCGUUUUUAGUGUAUUUAAUGGAGAAGGAUGUGAAGGAAACCAAAUUCAAUAACUUUGCUCAAGCCUUGUGGUGGGGUGUGAUAACGCUGUGCACGGUCGGAUACGGCGAUAUGGUACCGGAAACGUGGCAAGGAAAAAUUAUUGCCUCGUUUUGCGCCUUACUCGGAAUCUCAUUUUUUGCCCUACCUGCGGGCAUUCUUGGUAGCGGUUUCGCCUUGAAAGUACAACAGCAACAACGGCAGAAGCACAUGAUCCGACGCCGUCAGCCAGCUGCCACGCUGAUCCAAUCGCUCUGGAGAUGCUACGCAGCAGACGAACACUCGCUCUCGGAAGCGACGUGGAAAAUUCACCAAGUACCUCUUCCCAGCCCGCCGCCAUCAUCCGAUUACUGGGAUCUACUGCUCGAAAGUCUAAACAUCCAUAGAUCAAAACUGGAAGCAGCCGAAAAACUGGCUGCAGUUUCAGCCGCCGCAAAUGGACUGAGUCAGAUUUCGCUUAUUAGGCGGGCGUCCUCGAGCUUCAAGCACAACGCCUCGUUCGUGGCCCGGCUGCCGACGAUUCGGCGACACAAGAGUCAAUCGCUGCACUCCCCCGGCAACGCGAAACCACCGGGCAGCAGCGGAGGCGCUGGAACCGGCGGCGGAGGCAGCGCCCGGACGGGGAGGUGCCCCCGGGUGACGGAUAUCAACGCUUCUUCGGAGAAUCUGGAAGUAACCAACAACGGUAGACCCAUGAACCCUAGUCUCAGCGAAGACUCGGUAGCGGAAACAGCACUGUCCAAGAAAAAUUCCGAUGGAACCAAACGGAUUCAACCGCGUCACUCUGUGAAACUGCGCCAGGGGGAUAAAAUCAACGAUGACGAAAUGAUUCCCCUUAGCUCGCUCUGCCGCAACGAUGAGGAAAAUGACGGUGAAUCACGCCACCCCGCUCUCAAUAUCGCAACGAAAGAUUCCAAUGAUCGGCGAUAUCGAAUUGUUCGGUUCAAGAUUCCGUUCGAGUCCAUGUUCAAGCAGAUAGCAACGACACCGCCGAAUGCACAAGAUGAAGACGAGGAACCGAGAUGUGUGCAGCUAACAAACCAGCACAAGGGGGCCAUCCGAUUCAUCCGAAAGAUGAAGUACUUUGUAGCGCGACGAAAGUUCAAAGAGGCCUUAAAACCGUACGACGUGAAAGACGUCAUGGAACAGUACGCAGCAGGACAUGUGGAUCUGCUCGGCCGAGUGAAGAAUGUUCAAACUAGGUUAGACCAAAUUCUUGGCAAACAAGGAUCAAAAUCAAAAGAUGUGUAUGCAUCGAAAAUUAGCUUAGCUUCUCGAGUAGUGAAAAUUGAAAGACAAGUCGACGACAUAGAGACAAAGGUAGAUACAUUUAUAGAGUUAUACAUGCAGGAUCGGAAGCGCCUUUUAUCACUUCCACUCCAUCCUGACACAUCACAUUCCAACAAUCCAAACCUUCCAUCGUUGCCACCGAAAGGGGGCGGAGCAGCGGCUGUAAUCACGUCUGUGACAAGUAGUUCUAGUGGUUCGUUAAAACCAAAACCUAUUUUAAUAGAUAAACAAUUUUCGGAACCGAAUUCACCGAUCGCGAAAACAUUCGAAGAGCCAAUACAGCAGAAACGUCCACCAAUGCAACGCGGAUACUCCGACUUGGGACAUAGAAUUAAGAAGCGAGUUACUUUAAGCUCUAUACCCCCGCAGUAUGUGGGAAACAGCACCGGUCAAACGCACGACCGUGGUGAUGUCGUAAUCGUAGUUCCUAAUAUCGAUUCCGACCAGCUGGAGCCGGUCGGCAUCGAAGAUCUUGCAUCCGUCUGCAUCGAUACCGAGAUCGAAAUGGAACCCGGUAGCCCGAAAACCAUUACGGAAAGCUCGAUAAUCAUGAUGGACGAGGAAGAUGAUGUUGACGACGAUGACGACGAAGAAGAAGACAUCGAAGAAGAGGAACUUGACAUUGUAGGUGAAAUCGACUCACCCCCGUGGGACAUGUAUGGCGAUUUGGAUGUAGAGGAUCAGGAUGAAACCACGGAGAAUACCGCCCUGCUGCGAGCAGCCGCCAAGACCGAGAUCAUCGUCACGCCGAUUAGUCCGGUGAGCUCAGCGUACGAGCUGAACCGAAUGGAUAGCGACGAGUACAAACGGUCCCGCCUAGGAGCCAUGAGCUCCGGUAGCACUGCCAAUACCAAUGGUCAAACAACGACACAAAACAACAACGGCAGUGUAGACCGCCAGCAAAUCACUGCAGGAUCUUCCACCAGUGCCGGCACCACUAUGGAUUCUCUGAAACCGGACAUGACCCCACAACAGCAGCAGCAACGGAGUCUCGCCUCCGAAGACAUAUGAGAAUGGCUGAAACCGUCCCCAAUGAUCCCAUUUAGUUUGGGCGGCCGCUGCUGCAGCUGCUACCACUUCCCAUUCCAUUCCCAGUUCUGCUAUGUUUUCCAAAACGUUUCACCACAACUGGUGCUAGUAGUGCAGGUGUUCUCCGUCUGCUGCACGCCAUCGCAGUUCAUUAUCGUGAUGGGCGUAGUGAUGCUGAACCCGCGAAUAGUGGGUGCUGCCGAGUACUCGUGGACCAAGCCUCCGGCUAGGCAACAGCCACAGCACAAUCGGCAACAACUUAGCGAGCAUCGGUGCUAGUGUAUGAUCAGUAGAUAUGUAGUGGUAGGCAUGAUUAUUAGGUUAUUUAAUUUAUCCAAACGUUAGAGAAGCCCUAAUUGGAUUUAAAAACAUGACAGAAGAAUUGAGAAUUAACAGUUUUUGUUAUCGUGCUUUCGAUUUAUACUACAAAUGUCAUCUUAAGUAAAUCUUUAUGAAGAUUCGUGUUAUAUUAUAUGUUUUGAUAUAGAUCUUAGAUCCAUGAUGGUUCGAAGUACGAACAUGUUUCAACGUUGAUGAACUUUGAGUACAUCAGACAUUCAAAACAAGCUCAUGAAAAUUCAAGAAUUGAACUGAAAGCCCCAGAACGCAUUUAACUAAAUACUAGUCGCAUUUUCAUGUAAAAAUGAGCAUUUCAUGAGACGCCUGGAAGAUAUCAAAUCAUCAUUUCUUUAGAUUUUAUUUCAGUGAAAUAUUAGAAUGAUGAUCAGAACUAAUGAAAUACUAAUGUUGGUGGUUAACAACUUGGAGUACAUAUCACUUUGUCACUUUGAAGCAUUGUUUGAGAUUUUCGUAAUCUUUCAAAUAUUUCGUAGCAAAUGAUGUAAUAACGCUAAAUCUUUUACUACCUAGAGCGAAAUGAUCCAAAAUGCCCCUCUAAACAAGAAUGAUGUUUUACCCCAUAUAAAUAUCAAUAUACACACUUCCCAAGUAAAAAUUUCCAUGCUUUUGGAUUAAUUGAAUUCUGAUAGCGGAUAACGCUCUUCUUCACAUCCAUAUAGCUAUGAAAUAAGUCAAUAGCCGUUUGACUUUAGGAGAUUUUUCUGCAAAUUUAUGAUAAUUUUUUUUUUUGAUAGCAAUAAGAGCACCACUAAAACCAUACCUAGCUAUGUGGAUUGCUAUAAUAAAACCACUAGAAGAAUUUUUUAGUAAAUCCGUGAUGAGCUUCAUUAUUAUAAAAUCACGUUUACAAAUAUACAAAAUUCGAAGAUUCCGAAGAUUUUCCCACCGAAAUUCUGAUGACUUUCCCGAGAAAAUUCCUAAGGGAUUUCCGGACAAAUUCCAAAUAUUUUACAGAGGACAUUUAGAAAAAACUUUCCUGAAGAAAUUACGAAGAUUUCCCAAUGAAAUUCCUAACAUUUUACCGAGGUAGUUCUGAAGCGUUUCCCGAAAAAAAAAAUCCGACUAUUUUUCAAAAGACAUUUUGAAGCGUUUUCCGAAGAUUUUCUCAAAAAAUUCCAGAGAUUUUCCCAAAUAAUUUCCUAAGAACUUCUCGAAGAAAUUCCGAAGAUUUUCCCAAAUAAAUCUCGAAGAGCUUCUCAAAGAACAUUUCAAAGAUUUUCCAGAGGUAAUUUGGAAGAGUUUGCCAAAGAAAUUCCGAAGAGCUUCUCAAAGAUUUUUUUUUAAAGAUUUUCCCGAGAGAAUUAUGAAAAGUUUCCCAAAUAAAUUCAGAAGAUUUUACCGAGGAAACUCUGAAGAGUUCCCCAGACAUUUUGAUUUUUUUUAGUAAAUCCAUGAUGGGCUUUACAAUUAUAAAAUCACGUUUACAAAUACACAAAAUUCGAAGAUUCCGAAAAUUUACCCAAAGAAAUUCUGAUGACUUUCCCGAGAAAAUUUCGAAGAGAUUCCCGAAAAAAUCCGAAUAUUUUACCGAGGACAUUUGGAAAAACUUUCCUGAAGAAAUUACGAAGAUUUCCCAAAAAUAUUCCUAAGAUUCCGAGGAAAUUCUGAAGCGUUUCCCAAAAAUAAUCCGAAUAGUUUUCUAAAGACAUUUUGAAGAGUUUCCCGAAAAUUUUCCCAAAAAAAUCCAUCUCGAAGAAAUUCCGAAGAUUUUCCCAAAAAUAUUCCAAAGAGUUUCUCAAAGAACAUUUUAAAGAUUUUCCCGAGUGAGUUUGGAAGAAUUUCCCAAAGAAAUUCCGAAGAGUUUCUCCAAGAUCAUUUUAAAGAUUUUCCCGAGAGAAUUAUGAAAAAUUUCCCAAAUAAAUUCAGAAAUUUUUACCGAGGAAACUCUGAAGAGUUCCCCAGACAUUUUGACUUUUUUUUUUGUAAAUCCAUGAUGGGCUUUAUAAUUAUAAAAUCACGUUUACGUUCGAAGAUUCCGAAGAUUUUUCCAAAGAAAUUCUGAUGAACUUCCCGAGAAAAUUUCGAAGAGAUUCCCGAGAAAAUCCGAACUUUUCUGAAGCAAUUCUUAAAGACGUUUUGAAGAGGUUCCCGAAGAUUUUCUCAAAAAAUACCAAAUAUUUUCCCAAAUAAUUUCCCAAGAAUAUCUCGAAGAAAUUCCAAAGAUCUUUCCAAACCAAUUCUGAUGACUCUCCCGGGAAAAUUCCGAAGAGAUUCCCGAAAAAAAUCCGAAUAUUUUACCGAGGAUAUUUGGAAAAACUUUCCUAAGAAAUUCUUAAGAUUUUACCGAGGUAAUUCUGAAGCGUUUCACGAAAAAAAUCCAAAAUUGUUUUCUAAAGACAUUUGGAAGAGUUUCCCGAAGAUUUUCUCAAAAAAUUCCAAAGAUUUUCGCAAAUAAUAUCCUAAGAAUUUGUCGAAGAAAUUCCGAAGAUUAUCCCCGAAGAGUUUCUAAAAAAACUUUUUGAAGAUUUUCCCGAGGGAAUUUGAAAGAGUUUCCCAAACAAAUUCCAAAUAAUUUCCCAAAGAUAUUCCUUAGAUUUUCCCGAAAAUAAUCCGGCGAAUUUCUCGAUAAAAUUCCAAAGAAUUUCCCGAGAGUUUGUCCCAUGAAUUUUCGAAGAGUUUUUCAAAGACUUUUCGAAGAGUUUUCCAAAGAUUUUCCCAAAAUAAAUCUAAAGAGUUUCCCAAAUCAAUUCCGAAGGUUUUCCCAAAAAAACAUCAGAAGAGUUUUCCGAGGAAAGUCCGAAGAAUUCUCCAAAAAUAAUUCCGAGAAAUUUUUUGAUGAAGCUCCUAAGAUUUUCCAAAAACAUUUCAAAAAGUUUCCCUAGGAAAUUCCGAAAAAUUUCCCAGGAGAUUCCGAAGACUGUCCCGAGAAAACUUCAAAGAUUUUCCAGAGGAAAUUUCGAAGAGUUUCCCAACGUCAUUUUGAAAAAUUUCUCAAAUAAGUACCGAAAAAAAAUCGUGGGCAUUCCGAAUUUGUUCGGUAGGAAUUUUUAAAAUUUAGGUAUUGGUAAAAAUUUAAAAAAAAAAAUGUCGUGGGAGUUUAAAACAAUAUUCCGUGCAUAUCUAUAAGCAAUUUUUUGAGAAAAUUGAAAAAAAAAAUCCGAAAAAAAAUUUCAUGGGGAAUUCAAAAGAAAACUCUUUGGAAAUUUUGUGAACACUUGAAGUAAUUCGGAGUAAAACUUCAUAAGAGGAAUUGAGCUUUCCCGUGAUAAGUUUUUAUUCGUCCAAUUGAUUUUUUGAUUUAUUUGAAGUCAGCUUUCCAAAAAAAAAACGUAUAUUCUUUUACGCCUCUGACUAUUUAAAAAUUUAACACAAAAAAUGAAAAAAGUGCUAUUUUUACAGUUUGGUCUAACAUUCGCCCGAUUUUGAAUCAAUAUCAGGCCUAUUCUUUAGGCACUUUUCAGUUUUUGUUUUCGAUUUUUGAAAUCGGUAGGGGCUUCGAAAUAGGAAAGGUUUUUUAGGAAAGCUGAUUUUAAGUUAGACAAAGAAUUGACUUAGAUGACAAAACGAGAUGAAAAUUUUGACGGAAAAGGUCAGUUGGAGUAGAAUCACAAUUCAGCUAAUAUAGAGAAGGGUACAGUGAAGAAAAAUACACUUCAAACUAUUUCUGUUGUUUGUUCCAUGGAAAACAAAAAAAAAGCUUCAAAACUUUAAAAAUUCCGAUACACCUAAAGGUUUAACGCAUAUUAAUAACCAUGUGAUUUUUCUUUGCAUUGUUUAGGAUGUUUUGAAACAUGUUGCAAAGACUUUGGUGGUAAAUUGAAGUCACACGAUCCAAAUUACGAGCGAAAAAAAAUCGAGAGUAGGAGAUUGAGGGUUCGAGUCCCUCCAAGACACGUGGAUUCUUUUUCGCAAAUUUCAUAUCAAUUUGUCCAUUUCGAAACAUGUGCUGUGCAUAUGUACAGCCAAGAUAUUUAACGAAAAAAAUUGUUUUCGUACGGCCGAGUUGCCGAAUAAAAUGCAAUUAAUUGUAAUCAAGUGUUGGUCUUCCACCGUCAUUAGUCGUCUGAGUACACGCGACCGCAUACGUAGGGCAAUCAAACUCAUCAAAUGCUUUAGCCAAGCAAGCCUUUGGCACAGCAGAGUGUGAUUGAUUCGCACUCUAUACAAAUCCGCCCAGCCCGUUGUUGGGGGCAUAGAGUGCGAUCCUCUCGUUUAAUGAACAAUGUGCACUCGCUUGACUGUGGAUAUACAACAGUAAAGCACAUGCGAUAUUGGACAAAUCAAGCAUCCGAUAGAUAUUCAAUUUGCAAAAAAGAGCUAACCGCGGUGGAGGUUGGUACUCGGAUUCUGAUGGCUUUUUCGCAAACGUGACCUUUAAGUGGUCUUGUUGUGUAGGGGUUAUCACGCCUAUCUAGGGAGUAGGAGGUUGAUAGUUCGAGUCCCUUCAAGACACGUGGAUUCUUUUUCGCAAAUUUCAUAUCAAUUUGUCCAUUUCGAAACAUGCGCUGUGCAUAUGUACAGCCAAGAUAUUUAACAAAAAAAUGGUUUUCGUACGGCCGAGUUGCCGAAUAAAAUGCAAUUAAUUGAAAAAAUCGUGUAAAAACAGAAUCCUGUUAACUUCAUUGAAUGGGAGUUUACAAACUUUGAUUAUGGAAAAAAAAUCAAUGAUUCCAGAUUGAUUCAUUUCAAAUAAUGCUAUUCGAUGAACAAAAUUCUCAAAAUUCAAAAUGUGAAAUUGUUGAAAUCUCAAUUUAUGGAGUGAUUUUGAGCAUUAAAUGAAAAUCAAUUCAAAGGGUUAAUAUGCAAUUUGCUUUUGGUUGUUCAUUCCAAAAAAUGAAAAUAAAUCGCUCAUAAAGCAGCAUUUAAACUGACCAAGUGGGUUUAAACAUUGUUGCAAUAGAUACGUUAAAAAAAAAUAAAUCCAAGGAUCAUGGAAAUUGUUACUUCUGUCUCCUUCUAGACGACCUAGCAGAACGCUCCUAAGUAACAGGCGUUACGAUUCACAUAUCAUAACCAGACCAGAUAUUCUCGGCUUAACAGUCGUCUACUUGUUCUUCUUUUUCUGGCAAUAAGUAGGGGAUGAAUGGGGCAAUGUCGCCUCGUCGCUUAUCAGUGAUGAAUAGCUGCAAAUUCUGUCUUAAUUUUUUUUUAUCUCCUGAAAUGUUUGAGAGAACUGCGGAAAUUUUUCUUCUGAAAUUACGCUUCUUAAUAUAAGAUAUCUACAUCAUUUGUAAACGAAAUACUUCAAUAGGUUUGGAACGAUAAUUCCAAACUGACGAACGCUAAGCCCGAAGAAUCAAACAUUUUUUGAAUGUGUUUUCGUACAGUUAUUAAUUUUGUUCUACACAAGUUGAUUAUCACACCGACGAUUUCAUUUCAUUUAUGUUUAUUUUUGUAACGCAUGGAAAGAGUAUUGACUUGUAAUAAAAGCUCAUACCUUCGGAGCUGAUGAGUUUCUUCUCGGAUAAAUAUUUAGGGAAAAUCGUCCACUGAACGCUCAUAAGAAAUGCACGUGUGUUCGACAAAAGGCGAAAAAAUUUGCCGUUCAACAUUUGACGAAUUUCUAAAUAGGAUGAUUUCCAAAAUUAUGCGACUUAUAUUCAAAAUGACAUUACCAAACCAAUGAUUUUUAUUGUAUGGGAAAUUCGAGAAUUUCGAAAUUGGUCAAAAAGCGAAAAACAUAAUUAAGGCAAUCAAUGCUAUGCUAAAACUUCUGCAGUUCUUUUAUAUUAAUUAUUUUAAAGUAUGCCUUUAAUCUUCUAUAUUUUAGUCCCUAUCGAUUUACAAUACGUCCCACUUGGUCGAAAUUAAUUCUAGGCCUAAGCCUUCUUUAUUAAAUGUAGAAAGUGCCUAUAUGGUGAGACGGUAUAAUAUGCCCCCCUAAAGCAAUACUUAAAUAACUUAUUACUUUUCAUCGCAAUUUAUGCAAAUUUUGUGUUAUUUGGUAGUGCCGUAAGUGCAUUUGCUUUGAGUUGUCGUAGAAUAUUACAAAGAAUACGUAAUAAAUUGAUUUUCAUCAAGUGCUUGGGCAAAACCCCCCUCUUAAAACAGAGACGUUUUACACUCCUUCAUUAGUAUUUUAUCUGCCCUAUAAUAAAGAACUUGCAAGCCCCUACGCUUGUCAUUAAAACAACAGCAUAGGUCCAUUUAAACAGGUUUGAAUUACAUUUGACAAUUACAAAACGCAAUAUGUAUUUUCGAAAAUGGAAGCAAUUUUAGAUCAUAUUUACCACUGAGGAAAGUUAUUUCGGUGCCCAACUGAGUGCUCCAGCGCCAGCGUCGCUCCAUAAUGUUGAGCAAACGAACAUUGAAAGUUGCAUCAAAUCUGUAACCUUUUAUAUUUGAAAAUAAUCAUUAUGUAAUACAAAAAUGCUUACACAUUCACAUAGUAUGAUGGUUUUUCAAAUAUUUAAAGGUACCACCCGCUUUUUAACCUUAGUUAGUUAUAGUUUUCUAGAAAUGAAACAGGGGCUUUUUGACAAGGGGUGCACAUUAUACCGUCUUACCAAAGCAACAAACGGAUGUUUAAAUCUCAGUUCUAAAAUAAAAAAAGACUUUCCCAAGACCUAGUUACAGAAAUGUACCUACUUAUUGCAAACAGUAAUUAAACAUUCAGCAUUUGCUAUUUCAAAGAAGGCUUAUGGCUUGUGCAGUGACAACAACAACGUAUGCUAACUUCAACGUGCUUUUGUCUCUAAAUAAAGUUAAAGUUUUAUCACUCUACUAUUAAGUAUGAGUACCAAGAUAAAUUACCAGUUUUUAAUCUCAUUUCUUCUGUUCUGAACGUACUUACGUAACGAUUUCAUUAUGAUAUUCCACCAAGCACAAACUAUAUACUCAAAAUGUUAGCUUCAUUGUAGCUCAACAGUAAUGUUAUGGAUAUUAAAGUUUUAUUUUCUACUUAUUUACAAUAACUAAUGGUAACUUGAGCCAUCGAAACAAGCACAAAAAUGACAGAAAAUGUGAUUUCAGUUACGAAUAUCGUCAUGACAUACUGUUAGAUAUGAAUUCCUUGAAUUCAAUUCAAGAAUAAAAAGAAUAAAGUGAAUACUCUAAUUUAUUAAUGAUCACAUUCAACCCCUAAAUUCUGAAUUAGUAACUCGCGGGCUUGGAACACGCUACCAAUAAAAUUAGUUUAUUAAAUCAUAAAUAUACCAACCUCCACAUUACUAGCGGAUUACGACACGUCUUUCGGAAUAUUACUGUAAAGCUAUUCUUGACCUAGGAAACCAAUGCAAAUAUUAGAAGAAAAAAAUCACACAAAGGCCAAAAUGGAUUUCGACACAAAAAUAAUCAAAAAUAAGUAAACAAACAACAAAUUUAACAAGCUACAGCAAGUAACAUCAAUACCAAAACAAAAAUACAAAAAAUGUAGAAGAAAACGUAAGUAGCGUAAAUCACUAGAAUUGCGAACUAAAUUGAAGCGGAUGCAAAAAUGUCAAUUAUUAAUUAUAGAACCCAAACCACAAGAUAAUGAAGGAUUAGUGUAGCACAGCCAGAGAUUGAAAGUAUUAUUAUAGGUCAGAUCUAAUCGUAGUUACCGUUCGCCGGUUUCAGGGUGCUACCCUCUAUUCGCAAAAGCACCCCAAGAGUGUAAUUAACAAACUAAUGUAUGGUCACAACACAAGAACUAAGUGCUAAGAUUUAUAAUCACCCGGUUUCCCUUCCACGCUGAUUGGGGCACAGAGAAGUUUUCGGUCCCAGAUUGAAAGAAUUUGAAGAACAAAUCAUCGAAAUCCCAAUAUAAGUUAGUUGUAAUUUGAUUUUUCCUUGAAUUCUUUAGAGCCCUCUGGAUACGAAAAACGAAAAAAGACAUCCGCAAACAGAAGUAAAUACGCAGAAAACGAAUCCUAGCAGCUUGAUCGUGGAAACCGAAUCAAAAAUUCUUCCAGGAAAACACAUAACAUGGCUCUAUAAUAAGCUCCGAUGGGACGAACAAUCUUUCUACUGCUCGUACGAAAAUGAGUUAAUCGACAAGACAAUAAAUGCAACCGAUGAAAGAACAGUGAAAUUCAAAACAAAGGCACAUGCGUGUUAGAAAGCGCAAAAUUACACCCCUAAACAUAGGUAAUCAAAGGCGGUCCACAAUCGGAGCGUGGAUUAAAAUACUGAAGAAAAAAAAUGAGUUCGAACGCAUAGAAAAAGAGUAAUCAUGAAUUAAAAUAUUUUAUAUGAGAAGAGAGAAAAUAUAACUACCCUACCUAUAUACUUAGUGUAGCGGAAGAGAACGUUUUUAGGAUUUUAUAUUCGUUACAUUUUCAUAUCCAUUAUGAUGUAGAGCAUAUAUUAGAAAAUACUGUUAGAGCGAUACGCACCAAGAAACAUUUUAAAUAGUUACAUAUUGUUAUUUUUUAACGAAUCAUAUUUUUGUUGAAUCGAUUUCACGAGGAUCUAGUUUUACAUUUUAUUUAAUUUUAUUUUAAUUGUUUGAAUUAUUUAGUAGAAUAAACAAUUGAUACAUUUUUAAUAUGGUUUUUAAUUUUUGUUACAAUUUUAAUCCGAAAGUAUUGUUUUGUUAUCAGUUGUGCGGUUGGCGGGGUUGGCCAGCCCUUUGGGGGCGUCGAAAUCACGCCAUGAGAAAUAUAAAACAAUUUUAUUGGUUAAGGAGCCGAUUAAUAAUAUUCGUCUGCACAGUCCAACGGUGGAGAUAUUUUAAGUAGUUCAGAGGAAACAAAGGAUAUCUCUACUUUUCCACAUAAACAUGUCGAAUAAGUUGGUCUUAGUUUCGACAGCUAUUCCGGUUUUCUAGGACUUCCAGAACUGGUAAAACAAGUUGAAUGAGGUAAAAUUCGAAAGUCUGUUCAAAAGCCUAUUUGAAAAUCGUGAAGGUUAAUGCCCAAAUUGCGUGGAUUCGAUUUUUUUUCAUUUUUUGCCAAUAUUACGGUCACCAAGGGACUACAUCCAAAGCACACCAAAUAAUGAGGGCCCUUUUUGUUCAAAUGACUUAUACCGGGAGUAAAUUUGAGAUAAAUUUGUUGAUCUCAUUCAAUCAAAAAAUCCGAAAAAAGUAUCAUAAUGGCUGCAUUGGACCCAGCAACAUUUCCGAUUCCAGAAAUCCAGAAACAUAAACGAUUGGGGAUGGAAGGCGAAUCCAUUGAAUAUGUGUAUAUGUGUGUAUGUGUGCACAAACGCUAAAAAAUACAUUAGACAACUUUUCGUAUAGUAAUCCUGAACCGAUUUUCUCGCAACGACGACAACGUCUUGUUGAUCACUAUUGAAUUUGAUAACGAUCGGUCAUUGCGUUUAAAAGUUAUGAAGAAUAUGGUACAUCGAACCAUAUAAGCCCCAUAUAAGGUUGGUGUCUUAACUAAAUGCGAGAAAGGCAUCACUAACGCUAGGUGGAUUAAUCUGGGUUUUUGGAUGCAGUGUUGAAUUUUAAUGACCCAACUAGGUCCAAAUUACCGACAGACCAACUACAGAGUUGAUUUUUUCCUCAUCCAAAAAAGAUAGCGAUUCCGACCAUCGACUGACAAACAGAGUAAGAUUUUAGAUCUAAUAGGGCGUUAGUCCAUGAAAACCGUUUUUUGAUUUGAGUAUUCCAGAUAUUUGGUAAAAUUUCAAUGGUUUUAACUGUUUUUUUAAUAUUCGAUCAUAGGUUACAGAAGUCAUAAAAAAUAUGCAAAUAAUUUGUGAUUUUGAACCUUUCUUCCUUCAAUUCUUGGAGACUGUAAUCUACAUACCACCAAAUAUUGACCGUUAUCUGAAUCAUCAUAAAACCUUUUAUUCUUACUUACAUUACUUAAAUCUUACUUACUCUAUAAAUGUAAAAUAUUGCACAUUUUGAUUUCCUUAGUAAGAAAAUGGCGCCCAAUCAAGAUUUCACAAAUGGCGUUGAACAUCCACGCUACGGCUCGCAGCACCGUAGCGUGCAGUUGGCAGGGUUGGGCCCCGCCCAGGGUGACAGCCUUAAGGGAUGGGACAAAAUCAAGAAUUUUUGAAUGAGGGAUAGACUUUUUAUGUAUCGGACCAUGGGCUCAGAAGUUAUGGCCAAAAUACAUUUUUUUAUACCAAAAAACGGGCGCGUAAAAAAAUCAAACUCGUUUUUUUGGCAUUUAUUCCAACCCGGUUUGCUCGUAACAAAUUGCAUUCGACGUGGAAUUCUUUCCCAUUGUUUUCUAUUGCAAAUUGGCCAUAUCGGACUAUGGACUCAAAAGUUUUGGCCAAAAUACUAUUUAUAUAACACACGAGAAAGGCUCCA